CUCGUACUCGUUUGACGUGAAAUGCCUCUAUCAUUUGUGGUUGCCAUUCCACAAAGCUGGCUGUGCCGCGGGAAGCUAAGCCCAGAAUAGUUGAUGAAGCGAUACUUCUUCAACUCAAUCUUCAUCUACCUAAACAACACCUCCUCAAAUUUCAAGUCCCACACCAAUGACCCUUGAGUAAUAAUAGUUCGAGCACUCGAGAACAAGCAGUCUUCUUCUUCGUAAUUGUAUGCCUUUUGAGUGUCUGGCUUUGAAGUCGGGAACAACCGGCUUGUCCUUUCAAUUCGAGUAUUAUGUCAUUCUUCUGGUCUACACAGGAGCUCGCCUCAGAGACUCCUCUGCCCGCAUCUACAGAUCGCAAGUCUGCUAUCGCACUCCUACAUGAACAUGCCACCGUCCAAAACUUACAGCCCCUCGUCACUGACAGCAAACCUAUUCCCGUCCCUUCCCCCAACGAACCAGUCGUGACAGAAGCAACAUCAGCUUGCCCCGAAGGUUCAACAGUCGAUUAUCGUGCUGUGACCAUAGCAGUCCCUUUCGGACCUUUCGGCAGCACAUCAAUCACGUCCAAAUCCGCGUACAUGGACGCCGACGACGGCGUCAUCGCAACAUUUCAGGCUCCGAUGGGAGUUUCCGGGAGACUUCGAUAUCGAGUCGUAGCAACUGACGAUGGCAAAGGAUUGAUUUUACGUGAAGAGGCGAAGAUUACUGGAGUUUCUGUCAUGAUGCCAUUUAUCUUGGGUACGGAGAAGGAGAAUCAUGCGAAGCAUAGGAUGAGUAUCGCGAAGGAGCUGGAACGUCGUGCGGGGGUUGGUGGGAAAGUGUCUGGUACGUGAUUAUUCUUCGGAAUGUCACUAAAGUUGACAUGUGAACAGAAUGAAGGACUUGAGAGUUCCCGAACAUGACAUGAGGAAGGUGGUGAAAACAAUCAGCGAGCUCGACAUGACUUGGAAAUGUUGGGC